UAUCUGCUGCGGUUGGUUAGGUUAGCCCAGUUUGAGUUUUAGGGAAUAUAUUUUAUAUUUUGCCCGUUUUAGGGCGAUUUACACGUCUUAAAUGCAACAUACACGCUUUUAUGUUUAUACGAGAGUCCCUUUCUUUCUUUGUGAAGCUGUGUUUUAAAUCAUUCCACACGUUUUGAGUGGCGAAUCGGCGGCGUCGUUGCUGUUACAGCCGUAACCAGGUUAUAGAUAAACAGGACUUCAGCAUGGACGGUGUUGAGGCUGUAGGCAGCCGGACGCCGCUGGGCACCCUCACUCCAUCCCAGCAGAACAGCGAUGGCAGGGAAACGGAUUUCUCAAAGCUCACCCCGUCUCACUUUGGAAUAUCAACAGACAGCUUUUUAACCUUCUCUAAGGAAAAAGAUAAAUCCAGAGUAGCACAACUAAAAGCAAGACGGCGAUCCACUAUUGGACUGAGGGGGUCACCUGAAACCAAUUCCCUCAUCUGCUUCAGAGCCAAGGCGGCCAUGAAAACACCGCCUCGGACGCCACAGAACAUUCUGGCGAGCCCGCUGUUUACAGGCUGUGACUCCAUAAAGCAGAAGAUGGCCGCUUUCCAACGGCUGAUGGGAGAAGAUGAGGAGAAUUCGGAACAAUCUGCUCCCCUGAUGAUGAAAGAGGAGCAGGGAGAGGGAGGAAUGGGGGGCAGUUUGUCAAAAGACGUCCAGACUGGUAAUGAAGUCUGUUCAGAAGAGAGGCAGGACCGUAUAACCCCAAGCAAACGCCGCCCUACUGCAACACCGCCUCCAUCUAAGAAACGCCGCAGGGUCCCACUUGGCUUGUGUGAGGAAGAAAUUCUGGAAGAACCGUUUUCUGAGCUCCAGAAUACGCCGACACAGGAGCCAGGGGUGCGCUCCUCUGACUUCAGAAGCCCGGAGCUGAAACUGGGGCUAGGUUCUGACUCGCAGUCUCAGCUGAUGUCUUUCCCCAUGCUGUCAAAGCCUGAGGUUAUCAGAACAGAUGACUUUGAGGUUUCUUCCGUGUCCAAGAAGAAGCGGGUUCGUUUCGGUGCACCCCUGUCUCCUGAGUUUUUUGACAAGACCCUUCCUCCCAGCACCCCACUACAGAAAGGAGCCACCCCUGUUCGGCCCCCCUCAUCAACUGGACGCAAAUCACUUCUUAAAACGCCCCAAAGAUUCGACCCACCUCUCCCCCAGCCAGACUUCAACAGCCCAGGACAUAAUGGAGCCUCUCCAGUCCUGUCUGUGUCCAGAAGAUGCAGGUCUAGAGAAGUGGAGAGUGAUGAAGUGUUCCUGGACAAUGAAAAGAUCACUUUCCCCAUUAUGGAAGACGAAUUUGAUAACCCACCAGACGACAGCAAAGACGCUGACUUGGCUGAGGGCCCCGAGCUGACGCUGCACCUUGAACCUCCAGCUGCAGGCACUGAACUCAUGAACACUGGCUUCCGAGAGGAAGAAGAUCUCUUUCCCCCUUUUAUUGCUGAUCAUUCUGUAGCUCUCCCAGCGGAAGUAGAGGCUGAACCUCAGCCUGACCUCAAGCAACCAGAAAGUCAACAAGAACAACAGCCGGCAAGUCCUGCGUCCACGACUGAAGCGCCUCGCUCUCGCGGAAGAAAGAGAAAGCAACCAGCCCAGAGAGAGAACCAGACUGAGACCAAGAGGAGCUCCCGCACAGCUGCAGCCUCUGACAAAGGGAAGAUGAAGCUACCAGUAGAGGACGUGACAGAGAUCAGGAGGAGCUCUCGCACAGCUGCUGAGUCUGCCAAAGGGAAGAUGAAGACGACUGCAGCGAAGAAGCGGUUUGGGAGCAAGGAAGUCGACCGGUCGCUCUACGGGAAGAGAAAUUAUGCGUCCAAAAACCCUUUACUCAGCCCCAUCCCCGAGUCUGCAGCCUCCAGCCUUACAAACACCCCAACACAUCCUCAUCCAGAUGCAAAGUCAGACUCCAGUCAAACUCCAGCUCCCAACAGUCACCAAAGAGAGACAGAUUCCACUGAUGCAACAGCUGAUCUGGUGGCUGCAGCUGCUCGGUGGCGUCAGCGCUUCUUACAGCAGCCCGGCAAGAGCGGUUCUGCCACUGAGGUCGGACACGCAAUUGUUGAAGACGAUUCAGCCAGUGAGUUAGAAGCUGAUCCAGCAUCUGCAGAUGCAUCUGUUAAUACUGCAGCGCACACAGCUGGGGCCAGUUCAGGAACUAAGGCUCGUAGAACCAGACGAAGCUCCAGCAGGCCUGCGGGUCGUCGCCGUAGCGGGAAUACUGUGAGGAUGAAAAGGCUCAGCGGUGCUCAUGAGUCCGAAACAGAGGGAGCAGUAGACGAAGAACAGACCAGAGACACAGCAGGACCUCUGACGGAGUCUGCGAUUGGAGAUCAGAUGAGGCAAGAAAGCACUCAAUCUGAGACUUUGGUCAGGUGUGAAUCCACCCAAGAGGAAGAUAACAGUCACUCAGCUUUGCACCAGGACAAAGAUGAGGAGCCUGAGCCGACGGCCCAAAGGAAGCAGGCUCGGAAAAGCCCUCGUGUAAAAUCUACUGCUGUGACAGAUGUAAUGGAGGAGGAAGAACCAUGUCAGCAUCCAUUAGAGACAAACCAGUCAGGAGAUGAGAGAGCAGAAGGGGAAGGAGGCCGAGAGCUGACCGAAUCGUCACUGGCAGUGGGAGACAGCGAGUUUAGCUCAGUGGAGACUUUGGGAGGCCAAAACGAACCUGUGUUAGAGCCAUGGCAGCAGGCCAAUUUCAAUAUCGAAGACAUCCUGAGGCCCGUGGUUACGAGACAAAGGUCGGUGCGUCGCAGCCUCAGAAACCGCAGGAGCAUGGACGUCCAGGCCAGCGGACUAGCCUGGGUGGAUCACACGUCCCCAGAGCUAAUCACAGCUAACCGCAGGAGGACACGUAGCAGACUGAGCGCCGUGUCCCAACCCCCUACCUUUCUAGACACUGAGGGAGCGCAAGCAAACCAGGGAGAAUAACACAGCCAGGACUUUAAGACAGUUUUAUAACCAUGUGAAAUCUUUUGUAAAGGUAAUUUUUUAAGUGGCUUUUAGCUCAUGAUGGCUGUUAUUUUGAACAGGGAACAACUUGUUCUGCUAAUCAGUAAAUGGCCUGUUCAUUGAAAAAUCAUUUUUCUGGUACAAUAUGCAGUUUACUCGAGUUUUUCUGCUUAUUAAAUCUUCUGUAAAUAUGA